CCCUGAGCUGGGGAGACAAGAGAGAGAAAGAGAAAGACACCACAUCACAGGCAAAGGUCAGAAACACACAGGUGUGGACACCCAUUUGGGGAGCUCCUCAGAUAGCCACGCUCCCUGAGCGCUGGUGCCGCUGGGCGGCUCCAACCUGUGUGACCACACAAGCACACUUGGCCUCCCCACCCCUCCUAGCUCCCGAAGAACAUCACAAAUGGCCCCCAAGUCUGGCCCCGGGGCUGAAGAAGCCAAGGAGGAGGCUCUCUUGUCCCCCGCAGACCGAGAGCUGGUCAGUGGUCACCUGGGACCUCCAGCAGGCACACCUGCAGCCUCUGCGACUCCCACAAGCCUGCCGGACACCACGCCCCACUCCUCACGGGUGGCCUGCUCUGCCCACCCGCAGUUGGCUCCUGAGUCCCUGGAUCCUCGCACGCUGCGGCUGCUGUGGGGGCAGCGAGAACUAGAGAUCCAGGCCUUGCGGUGGGAGGUCCAGAAUGGCCGAGACACCCGGCUCUGCCACAUCCUGCAGGAGGUGGCGGGGCUUCCGCCCAAGAGGAGCCCCCACAGUCAGGAGAGGCUACUGCAGAGCCGGGUCCAGAAGCUGACCCUGCAGCUAAAGGAACAGAAAGAGCGAGCCCAGUGGGAGAAGGAGUACCUGGAGGAGCAGCUGCUGGAGACCACCCGCAGGCUCCAGGAGGUGGAGGCCGAGCUGCAGAACUUCCAGAAGUCCUGCCUCCUGCAGCUAGCCCGCUCCUCGUGGGUGGGCCGCAUGCUGCGAUCCCAGACUGGCAGUGUGGAGGUGGUGACAGCAGGGACUCUGAUGGACCCAAGUGACCUCUCUGAGAACAGUCAGGCUCCCACUGGGGAGGGCUUUCGGCUGGAGGACGUGGACUGGAACAGUAUUGCCCACCGGUACCCCAACCUCUUCACCAACAUGGAGCUUGACUCACAGCAAAAGCAGCCCUGGCCCUGGCCACAGCUAGACACAGACAGCCCGGGGUCCCCUGGAAAGCACUCCGAGGGGCAUCACAAGACCGUGAACUGGGGCUCCCUGCCCUGUCUGGGCACCAGCAGCUCAGGGGGCGCUGACUCCGACUCCAGCAGCUACCAGCGGGGACUGCCUUACCACCUGCUGAAGGCAUCAGGGCACUCGCCCCAGGGCUGGGGUGCUUCCUCCGAGCAGGCACUGGUGCAGGCCAGGAGCUCCAGAAAAGGAUCAGAAGAUCUCCAGAAAACCCGAUCAGCCAGGCACCGCAAGCCGGUCCCGGCGCCAGAGCUCUGCACAGACCCUGACUGCCCGGGCCCCGAACACCCGCAGAGCCCGACGAGCAGCUGCCUGAAGAUCGUGGCCGUGAGCGUCCGCGAGAAGCUCGUCCGCAUCCUCAAUCAGUCGCAGCAGGAGACGGCCGACCUGGGAGGCGCGGUGCUGAAGCAGCUGGUGCGCGGCCGCCCGGAGCGCCUGUACCGCUUCCCGCCGGCCACGCUGCUGGCCCCGCGCCACCACAUCACGGUGCGCCCCGGCCCGCGAGCCCAGCCCGGACGGCCCGCCCGGCCGCCCCUCACCCGUCGCUCCGCGCCCUUCCAGGUCUGGGGCGAGGGGCCCCGCAACGCCAAGAAGCCGCCGUGCGCGUCCUCGGGCCGGGAGCCCAAACCCUCCCACUCCAGCCGCCACUGCGUGACGCUGCUCCUGGGCCCCAAGGGCGAGGUCCUCAGCGAGCACCGGAUCCCACACUGCGCGACUCCGGCCCCAAGGGUCUUCGUCGACUACACCGACUUGUCCAUCGACCGCUUCCCGCUCCCGGAGGUGGAGCCCGGCACCGACCCCUGCGAGCCGCCUGGAACCCCGCGCAGAGGCCGCGUGCGAGAGCCCCGGGUCGGUCGCCGGAGGCCACGGUGGGAACCGCGGGUCCCCGGGACCCCGCCUCCUCUCCAAGCCCCCCCCCCCAGCAACACGGUCCCUCGGAUCCCCUCGCCUGGGCGGCCCCAACGUCCCCAGGUCCCGUCCUGCCGCCCUGAGUCACCAGGGCGUCCCUCAGCCCCUGCACCAUGCCAGGCGCGGAACCCUCUAGGGCCGCUUUCCACGGGCCGGCCGCCGCCCUCAUGACCCUCGCCCCCCAGGACGCGGGCCCUACAGCCGCCGCCGAGCUCGGGGAAGCGCUUCCACCCGCGGGAGGGGCCCGCGCAGCACCUGCCCCCUAUCCCCGGGGAGCGCGCGCCGGAGGGAGAGCGCAGCCCGCCUGACCCCACCCCACCGCCGCCUCCCGCAGACGCCGGGCUGGGCCUGGAGGAGCACCGAGUUCGGGUGUGCCGGAAGAGCGUGGACCGCGGCUGCCCCAUGGUCGCCCUGUCGGUGCCGAGCACGGCCGAGAGCAGAUACGGCUUCCGCUUCCUCAGCGGCCUGCCGUUCACCGCGGACGCCUGCCGCCGCGCCUAGGGGCCGGGACCGCGGGGAGGGCGGGCGGGACGGGCGCGGGGACUAGGCAGGGGGGUCCGCUGCGUAAUUUAAUGAACCAACGUUGCCUACAAAGUAAAUCGCAUUUCUGUACACCUG